UCUCCAAGAGCCUGGUUUGGGAGAUUUUCAAAGUCCAUGAGAGCCUUUGGAUACAAACAGAGCAAUUCUGACCAUACCUUGUUUAUCAAGCGCAAGAAUGGUAAGAUUACAGCUCUUAUUGUGUAUGUUGAUGACAUGAUUGUUACAGGGGAUGAUCCAAAAGAGAUGAAUGAGUUGCAAAAGUAUCUGUCAAAGGAGUUUGAAAUGAAGGAUCUGGGGCAACUGAAGUAUUUUCUGGGUAUUGAAGUUGCGAGGUCUAAGAAGGGAAUUUCACUGUCACAGAGGAAGUAUGUUCUUGACUUACUUGCUGAAACGGGGAUGCUGGACUGCAGUCCAAUUGAGACACCCAUUGAGAUGAAUCACAGACUUGCCAUUUAUCCUGAUCAAGUUCCAACUGAUAAAGGAAGUUUAUGCAUUGUCCUAGUGAAGAACAUAUGGAUGCAGUUUUUCGGAUUUUGAGGUAUUUGAAGAUGGCGCCAGGUAAAGGAUUACUGUUUGAGAAAAAGGAUGAAUUGGAAGUUGUGGGAUACACAGAUGCAGAUUGGGCUGGUGAUAAAACUGACAGGCGUUCUACAUCUGGGUACUUCACUUUUGUAGGAGGGAACCUUGUCACUUGGCGUAGCAAGAAACAGAAAGUUGUGGCCAGAUCAAGUGCAGAAGCAGAAUUUCGAGGUAUGGCACAUGGAG